AUGUGGGGGGGGGGGGGGGAGGGAAGAGGUUGCAAAAUUUUUCAGAAGAGCGAAGGCAGAAAAAACAACACGAAACUAAAAGCUAGCAAAAGAAUCUUCUACAUGGUAUUAGAAUCAGAAAAGGUUUCCAUCUUUAAACCUCGGAAAGACCAGUGCGAUGUGUGUGUUUCCUACAAAGAACGACAUACAUCCAAAGAAGAUUACAAACUUCACAUUCUGAAAAAGAAUGAAGCUAUGAUUGCUAAAUCAGACGCUUUGAGCUUGACGGUCGUUUCAGACGUAUUGGUUAUUACUAUGGAUAAAUUGCAACUGCACAAUUUUUCUAUAUACUUAAAUAACACACAAGAUGUACACCUAUACGUAUGGCAUGAGGCGAAUGGUGGAGUGACGUCCAAUGAAUUCACAAGCUGCAUCGUAGAUUUCUUAAAAAAGCAAACGGCAUAUAAAAAGUUCAUAUUAAUUUCAGACGGAUGUUCCUACCAAACCAGAAACAAAGUCUUGGCGUCUGCUUUGGCAAACCUCUCGAAGACCCAAAAUGUCGAAAUAGAGCAAAUAAUACUCGAAAAAGGACACACAAUGAUGGAGGUCGACAGUGUACAUUCUACGCUAGAGAAGAAAUUCAGAAAUUUCGUUAAGACUUUCUCUCUUAUAAUAGAUUUUUCUAAAAAUACCUGGCUUACCGGCGAUAAUGAUCCACAAACUUUUACCGAUAUCGAUAAUGAGCUCGAUGAAAUAUCUUUAUGUACUAUCGAUCAUUUAAACCCUAGUCAGAGAUAUGUCGCGACUAGUACUAUCGAAUCCUUCUCCCAAGUUAGCAAUAUAAAUGGAUUAGGCCACACGGAUAAAAUCCAAAUGAAUAUUGAUACUGGAGACGCGAAACCUUUCAAAAAACGCCCGUUUCCCAUGUCUCCAUAUAUGUAA